UUCUCUUUUUUAUCGGUGUUAAGCUCCCUCUCUGCCGUCAGUACCAAAGGAGAGGAUGAAGAAAAAAAUAAGAGUAAUGAAGGUCAGAUUAUUGAUGAAAAACAUUUGAGCAUUCACAAAAAUAAAAACACAAUCAUAAAAAGGUAAAAGUGGUGGUAGGAAUUUUUUAUAAGAGAUGAAGAAGACGAACUAUAGUUCCAUGUUACGGUCGAUAACAGCAAUUCUUUCCAUCCUUUUACUGUCUAUUACAUCCGUCGAAAGUUCGUUAGCUAAGAACAUUCAAGUAAAUGUUGCCGCAAAUGGAGGCAUGGACACUACAUUAAGGCAUCGGAAAGCUAGACCUUCAUCUAGGGGAGAUGCUACUACCAUUGGUGGAUCUAACUCUAAACUCCAAUUACUCGUUCAAGAACGACACGUAGUGUUGGAGAACAACAUAGUUCGAGUAAACUUAUCGAAACCCGAGGGUCUAAUAACUGCAAUACAAUACAAGGACAUCGAUGGUAACUUACUCGAUCAUGGAUCCGCAGAAGAUAGCAGAGGGUACUGGGAUGUUGUAUGGGGAGACCCAGGGAAAAAUGGGACGACGGACAAGUUGAGGACAACAACAUUUAAGGUUGUAGUACAAAAUGAGAACCAAAUCGAAGUUUCAUUUACGAUGAGUUGGGAUACUUCUCUUAAAGGCAAAGUCAUGCCUGUUAAUGUAGAUAAAAGGUUUGUUAUGCUGAAGGAUUCUUCGGGUUUCUAUACGUACGCUAUUUUUGAACGUUUGAAAGGUUGGCCCGAGCUUAGCAUUGCAGAAGCCAGGAUUGCUUUCAAGCUCAGCGAAGACAAGUUUCACCACAUGACCAUAACAGAUACAAGGCAGAGAGAGAUGCCUGCGUACCAAGAUCGUCAGAAAGGUCAACCUUUAGCCUACCCGGAAGCUGUUCUGUUAACAGAUCCAGUCAAUCCAGCUCAUAAAGGAGAGGUAGAUGAUAAGUACCAGUAUUCCACUGAGAACAAAGAUACUGGGGUACACGGAUGGAUUAGUGCAAAUCCGCCAAUAGGAUUAUGGAUGAUUGCAGCAAGUAAUGAGUUCCGCGCAGGUGGCCCUCACAAACAAGACCUCACCUCCCAUGCAGGCCCUAUAAGUCUUGCAAUGUUUAUUAGUAAUCAUUACACUGGAGAGGAUCUAGCACCGAAAUUCGAAAAUGGAGAACCGUGGAAAAAGGUUUUUGGCCCGGUUUUUGUGUAUGUUAACUCAGCUCCUGAAGCAAAAAAGGAUGUCUUUACAACACUCUGGGAAGAUGCGAAAGCUCAGUUGGCAAAGGAAAUCAAAAGUUGGCCUUACAGUUUCCCUGCUUCGGCUGACUUUCCAGCCUCAGAUCAAAGGGGUACUGUUACUGGCAGCUUGUUAGUCCGGGAUAGGUACGUUAACCAGCGUGACAUUGCUGGAAAAUCUGCUUAUGUUGGUUUAGCUCCCCCGGGAGACGUUGGAUCUUGGCAAAGGGAGUGCAAGGGCUAUCAGUUUUGGACUAAAGCCAAUGCUGAUGGAUCAUUUUUGAUCCCAAAUGUUCGUGCCGGAGAAUAUAAUCUUUUUGCAUGGGUUCCUGGUUUUAUUGGAGAUUUUAAGCACAACGUUAUCAUUAAGAUAUCCCCAGGAUCUAAACAAAGUUUGGGUAAGCUUGUGUAUGAACCUCCAAGAUCUGGUCCUACAUUGUGGGAGAUAGGCUUUCCCGAUCGAUCUGCAGCUGAAUUCCGAGUACCCGAACCUAAUAAAAAAUACAUGAACAAACUGUAUGCUAAUCGCGAAGACUGGUUCCGUCAGUAUGGAACAUGGGAGCGAUACUCAGAAAUGUAUCCAACAAGAGAUCUAGUCUUUACAAUUGGUGUUAGCCAGCACCAGAGAGAUUGGUUCUACGCGCACGUCCCAAGGAAACUAGGCAACAAAGGUGUACCAACAACAUGGAGCAUUGUGUUCAAAAUCAACAAAAUCUUACCAUCUGGAACUUAUAAACUCCGAUUAGCACUUGCGUCUGCUACUUAUGCAGAAUUACAGGUUCGUGUGAAUGACCAAAAAGCAGCAAAACCUCUCUUCACAACUGGCAGAAUAGGAAAAGACAAUGCAAUUGCAAGACAUGGAAUUCACGGGUUGUACUGGUUAUACACAGUCGACGUACCAGGAAAUCUACUUCGCCCAGGCCAGAAUACAAUAUUUCUAACACAAACAAGAACUUCAAGCGCAUUUUAUGGCUUCAUGUAUGAUUAUAUUCGGUUGGAAGGUCCUCCAAGCAAUGUUGCAUAG